UUAGAGCCACCAAUUAGCAUAACCUGCUUGUCUUUGGACUGUGGGGGAAACCGGAGCACCCGUAGGAAACCCACGCAGACACGGGGAGAACAUGCAAACUCCACACAGAAAGGCCCUCACCGGCCACUGGGCUCAAACCCAGGAUCCACUUGCUGUGAGGCAACAGUGCUAACCACAACACCACCGUGCCGCCCCAAAAUGCUGAACUUGUGAUACUAAAUGCACUUUAAAAAAUAUGACAGUUUUCUUUUUCAGUUCAGUGUGGAAACAAGCAUAACUUCCUGAAUCUAAAGAGGAGUCAGACCAUACAGGAUGGCGGUGGUGAUGCAGCUCGUCUCCUUUCUCUCCCUCUUUGUCUCCAUUACAGUGUCUGAUGGGAUUUUUAAACUGGUUAACAGUUCUGUUCAACUGGAUGUACAGACAAAAGAUUAUGAGUUUGAUGACUUCACAUGGGUAUUUAACAAAAGUAAAAACGUUGUGAAAUACUAUAAAAAUUAUCCAAGUAAAGUAUACCUAGAGUAUAAAAACAGAGUGGAGGUGAAUGAGGGAACCCAAAGUCUGACAGUGAAGAACUUGCAGAAGACUGAUAGUGGACUCUAUGAAGCAGAGGCAUCUGGUGAACAAGAACGAAUUGUGGCCUCGUACCAAUUAACUGUGUUGGAUCCAGUGGAGAAACCAGUCCUGAAUGUCUCUCCCCAGCAAAGCAAUGGCAUCUGUAAUGUGACUCUCAGCUGUGAAGCUCAGAAACUCUCAGUCACCGCUCACUGCUACAGUGAUAGUUGUGAUAUGAAGGAAAAUGAAACGGCUGUAGAUGGGUUCCUUUCCCUCUCACUGUAUGUCAGUAACAGCUUCAUUAUUUGUAAUCAUAGCAACCCAGUCAGCUGGAAAAAUACAACCAUAAAGAUGGAAGAACUGAAAAAACGUUGCCCUUCUAAUGGUAUAAAAUUCACUGGAAGUAAAGCAGAAAUAAAUGUGUCUGUCACAUCCAGCUCCACCACUGAUCCAGAAGCUACUGCUCUCCAAUCCGCUCUGCAUCCAGCACAGACUUUAUAAUGAACUAAUUCACCUCAACACGAACCCACCUGUUUCCUGAUUUCAGUCAUGAUACAGAGUAGCUAUUGAAGAUGCGCCUUUUCACUUAC